UCGUCUCGUUCUUCCCUUACUUUGUCCUUUUUUUGAGUGACACUUGAGGUGGCGUGUCUGGUGCAGCCAAGUCUGCCUUCUCCUGACUCAUGCUUCCUUGUGGAAGCCUGCACUGUCACGUGUGCUCUUUAACCUCAGAUGCCUGUUUCAGUCCUUCCUGCUCAGUCCCCUUGGCUCUUGGCCUUCUCUGACCUGGUGUUUUGGAGGCCUUUUCUGACUGACAGAGAACUUUGAACUGAAUUGGUAAAUUGUUAAUCCACUCUGAACUCCCCGCUGAUGGCACUUUUGUUACCACAAGCCAAAAUGCUCUGGAUUCGUGAAUGUAAGACACACACACACCCUCAUGUUUAAUAUGCUCUAAGCAGCUCAAAGGCUAGGCUACUCUUGUUAUCCCAGCCCCAGUCUGGGAUAUCAGAGCCCCCGGGGCCACUUCCCUGAUACUUACAUGGCUGGAUGCUUUCUCUCCUGCUCCCUCAAGUCUGAUCUCUCUGCUUCUCUGGUGAUUCUAAAAUCUCCCUCUCUCUUCUGCUCCCUUGCCUGGGAAAUCUAAAGUCCUACCUCUGCCUCCCUGCCCAGUCCUUGGCCGCAGGCAACUUUAUUUCACCAAUCAAAGCCAACUGGGGGCAGGUACCCUCAGUGUCUUUCAGACAGGCAUGCUGGUUCCCACGUAAGUUUGGGAGUCAAAUGAACACAAAUGGCAUUUGAAGGGAUCUGCAACCCUGGACCUCCUUGGCUGUGUGUGCUCACACCAAUCACUCCCUGGGGAUGUGCACCUCUGGGUCCCUCUGCCUUGCAUCCUCUUGUCUUCGCAGAUGAGCCAAGAUGCGGGUGUGCUGGUUGGUGAGACAGGACAGCAGGCACCAGCGAAUCAAACUUCCCCAUUUGGAAGCUGUUGUGAUUGGUCGAAGCCCAGAGACCAAGAUCACAGAUAAGAAAUGUUCCCGACAGCAAGUACAGUUGAAAGCAGAGUGUAACAAGGGAUAUGUCAAAGUACAGCAGGAAUCACUGGGCCACUGGAGUCAAGGCUUGAAGAUGUCUAUGAAAGACCCCAAAAUGCAGGUUUACAAAGACGACCAGGUGGUGGUGAUUAAGGAUAAAUACCCCAAGGCCCGUCACCACUGGCUGGUCUUACCGUGGGCCUCCAUUUCCAGUCUGAAGGUUGUGACCAGUGAACACCUUGAACUUCUCAAACAUAUGCACGAUGUUGGGGAGAAGGUGAUAGCAGAUUUUGCUGGAUCCAGCACACUGCGCUUCCGAUUGGGUUACCAUGCCAUUCCAAGCAUGAGCCACGUACAUCUUCAUGUGAUCAGCCAGGAUUUUGAUUCUCCUUGCCUUAAAAACAAAAAGCACUGGAAUUCUUUCAAUACAGAAUAUUUUUUGGAAUCACAAGCUGUGAUCAAGAUGGUUCAGGAAACUGGCAGAGUGACUGUUAAAGAUGGGACUUGUGAACUCUUGAAGCUGCCUCUCCGUUGCCAUGAGUGUCAGCAGCUGCUGCCUUCCAUCCCACAGCUGAAAGAGCACCUCAGGAAGCACUGGGGCGGGUGACACUCGUCUUGGCGGCCAAGGGCAGUGCUAGCAUCUGUCCGCAUUGCCUAUGCUCCGUUCAAUCCUGAACUAAAGCGUACACUUCUUCGAAACAAAGCUUAUUUAUUCUUGAGCGGCCACACAUUGGGUGCACUCUGGUGCAGGAACUGGGAAUUCGGGUUUGUAUGGGUGUAUUCUCUGGUAAUGGAGGCUGAGACAUGCCUGAUCACCCUUCCCAGGACCAUGACAGGCCUGACUAAUGAGAGGGCAGAGCCGGCUCGAGACUCAAAUGUACGAUGUAGAAGCAGAGGAUUGGUAAUAUAUUUUGUUCCUACCCUCGUUCCUGGAUGGUGUAGUAUCUGUUCAUCAAGGUAGCUGAGGUCUGAGGGCCCUGGUUCUGCCUUUAGUCUGCUCUGUGAGGUUCUUCUUCCCUCCAUGAGGAGGCUUUCAAUCUACUGUACCAGGCUGAGUGUCUAGUUGAAAAUAUGUGGCAGUCAUCUACACAGAGAGAUAAUUUGUGUAUGACUGUGCCAGGGAAGAGGAAGUGGUAAUACUGGGCACAGUAAUGUUAACAAUACAGUCUGUGCUGAGGGCAGCCUGGGGUGGUGUGAGCUGUAUAGUCUGUGCUGAGGGCAGCCUGGGGUGGUGUGAACUGUAUAGUCUGUGCUGAGGGCAGCCUGGGGUGGUGUGAACUGUAUAGUCUAUGCUGAGGGCAGCCUGGGGUGGUGUGAGAUGUAUAGUCUGUGCUGAGGGCAGCCUGGGGUGGUGUGAACUGUCAGUUGACAGUACAGUCUGCAUGGAGAGCAGCCUGGGCAAUGUGUAUUUUUAGCUUCAGGCAGAUUUUACUGAGGCUUCCACUACUGCUCUUGAGAAUUACAGAGCAUUUAUCUAAACUUCAGAUAAAGUUUCCCCAAUGCAUCUGGGAAAAACAGAUGUUGCAAAAUAGUUCAUUUAAUUGCUACCUAAUACUAUAUAGUUUAGCACAUCAAUAUUAAACUGAAUAUUUGGUUAUACAGUACUAGGAGUGUGUGUGUCAGACAGUGUAAGGAUGUCAGGUAUAAUGGGGAACAUUCUGAGAGCGAGAUGACCAUGCCUACAUUCUUCAUUCUGCUCAAUAUAGAUUUUGUAAGGCUGGGGUAAGUGCAUGCUGUUAUUCCUGAGGACCUGAGUUUUGUUCCCAGCACCCACAUCAGGUGGUUCACAGACAGCUAUAGCUCCAGGGGAUCCUACACCCUCUUUUGAGCUCCGUGGGCAUGCAUUCCAGUACACAAACCUGAAUACAGACAUACAUAUUCAUACAUAAUUAAAAAUUUUAAAAAAUUAGAUUUCUUAGAGGAAAAAAUAUAAAUUAUGAUGUGCAGGAACCAGGUAUUGAGGUAUUAAGUAUAUUCAUCCCAUAGCCCUCCUCUCCCCAGUGGGCUUUCAUCACUGUCUGGACUCUGCACUACUUGACAGACGUGUCAUUGCACAAUUAGUUGAAGCCUUCCUUCAGAAGCAGAGGGAGGGAUGAUGGGAGACUGCAGAGUAGAAGAAAGCCAGCCACAUCUAAAGCCAGGCACAGUGACAGUGGCAAACUCUCCUGCAAUCCCCAAAUUUAGGAGGUGGCGGAGCAAGGAGGGCCGGGAGUUCCGUGUUAUCUUUGUCUGUAUGGUGAACUAGAAGUCUGGACUACAUGAGGCCUUGUGUCAUGUAGCAAAUAAAACAUUUAAAAGGGAAAUAAAGUUAUAUCUGAGGUGCCAAAGAAUAUUAUUUUGCCCGUUUGACCUUGGCCCUGUCAUAGCCAGGAAAGACAAUGUUAUCAAAGCAGUGGUUAAGGUUCAGAUCUGGACUAACUCCCACAGGCUCAUGUUUCAGAGUGGUAGGCCCUUUCCAUGCAGUGUUAGAUGCUGUGGAGCCAUUAGGAAGUGAGGCCUGGCUGGCAGAAAUAGUCUCCAGGAUCAGGCUUUUGAAGGCUAUACCUGUUCCUGGUUGGCCUCCUGUGAAUAGGCCACCCAUCUCUGCUACUGUGGGCUGACACACACUGUGUGUGUGUGUGUGUGUGUGUGUGUGUGUAGGCAAGAGAACAAUUUCCGGAUGUCAGUUGUCUCCACCAUGUGGGUCCUGGGGAUUGAACUCACGUCAUUGGGCUUGGCUGUAAGUGUCUCUACCCACUGAGUUCCAGUAAGUCAGAAGUACUCUUUUUAAAGAGUAAUAACUUAAUUCUCAAGUAAACACACACACACACACACACACACACACACACGUACACACACAUACACCCACACCCACAUACACACCACA